AUCUUUGUCUUUUGAGAGAGGAAGAAAGUUGAAAGGAAUUGAGUUGGUCUCAAGUCACAGGCUCACAGCACAGCAGAGCCAAGAGAGAGAAAAACACACGCCACCCACAUAUAAUGGAAAUUCCGCAAUUCCGAUGCAACAACACACACUGCAUACUUUUCUGUUACUUCUAACUUCCCACCACCACUACUUCACGAUCUCCAUUUUCCUUUUCACUUUUUUAAUUUAUUUUUAAUUUGAAAUAAAUUGACAGCUGUAUCUAAAAUGAUUAGAGAAUAGUGCGAGUCAGACACAGUCAGAGACGAGGGAUCGGAGUUGGUUGCUGCCUCAGCUUCUCAGCUAUGGCAAGUACCAGUAGUGCCACUACCACUGACGGAGAUGCCGCCGCCGCCGGAGGAAGAAUGGAAGGAUGGUUGUAUCUCAUACGCUCCAACCGUAUUGGACUCCAAUUCUCACGGAAGCGAUACUUCGUUCUCGACGGUAACAACCUCCGCAGCUUCAAAUCCUCCGCCAACCAGGAUCCCGUUAGAAGUGCUAUUGUAGAUUCCUGCAUUCGUGUGAUGGAUAACGGGAGGGAGAGCAUUAACAGAAAAGUGUUCUUCAUGUUCACACUGUAUAAUUCUUCAAAUCACAAUGAUCGAUUAAAGUUAGGAGCAAGCCGUCCUGAAGAAGCAGCCAGGUGGAUUCAGUCUAUUCAUGAAGCAUCUUUGAAGGGUGCCCCUGAUACUGGAGAUGAGGCUAUAGGUUGUUCUAAGAGGAGAUGGCAAUCCUUUAGACUAAGUGGAUCUUCUAGUAGAUGUCACCCAAAUUCUGUAGACUGGACAGCUUCUUCUUUUGACGUUAUUGCCCCUUCACCCUGGACAAUCUUUGGUUGCCAGAAUGGUUUACGACUAUUCAAGGAAGCAAAGGACAGAGAUUCGGUUGCAAAGAAAUGGGAUGAUCACCCAGCAAUAAUGGCAGUUGGAGUAGUUGAUGGAACUUCAGAAGCCGUUUUCCAGACUCUUAUGUCUCUUGGUCCUUCAAGAUCAGAAUGGGAUUUCUGUUUCUACAAGGGGAGUGUAGUCGAACACCUAGAUGGUCACACUGACAUUAUUCACAAACAGCUAUAUAGUGAUUGGUUGCCUUGGGGAAUGAAACGGAGAGAUCUCUUGUUGCGACGCUAUUGGAGGAGAGAAGAUGAUGGAACCUAUGUUAUUCUUUACCACUCUGUGUUUCACAAAAAGUGUCCUCCUCAAAAUGGCUACGUUCGUGCCUGCCUUAAAAGUGGAGGUUAUGUUGUAUCACCAGUGAACAAAGGAAAGCAAUCGGUUGUAAAGCAUAUGCUUGCUAUUGAUUGGAAGUCAUGGAGAUCUUAUAUUAAACCUUCUUCAGCACGUUCCAUUACGAUUAAAAUGCUUGGCAGAGUUGCUGCAUUACGGGAGUUAUUGAAAGCUAAGCUAGGAAAUUGUCCUCCUUCUGAUUAUUCAUCUGGAGAAUUGAUAAGAAAAAGUGGGCUUCGUCUAAAUGGAGGAGAAAUAAGCUCUGAUACCGAAAUUCAGGCUGGAGAUGAGGACGCUAAUGAUAACUUUGAUGAAGAAGUAGAUCAAACACAAGAAGAGCGUGCAAGCCUUGUUAGUAUGAAUGAUGCAGAUGACAAGUUUUACGAUGUUCUAGAACCAUCGGACUGUGAUGAGCCAGAAAAUGAAUGGAUGGCCGAAUGUAGUCACCAAAAGACUCAGAAGUUAUCAACUGCAGCUAGUUUCGUGAGAAGAUUGCAUGACCUUGCAGUUCAGAAGAGGGGUUAUGUAGACUUGCAUGAGAUGGCCAGGGAAGAGAGUAUCUCAUGUGCCUAUGGAUCCACUCUUCCAAAAGAUCCUACUUGUACUUUACCUUGCAGUUUGACAGAAACAGAUCCUUCUACAUUCCUGAUUCGUGGAGAAAAUUAUCUAGUUGACGGCAAGAAGGUUAAAGCAAAGGGAACCUUGAUGCAAUUGGUUGCUGCAGAUUGGCUGAGAUCUGAUAGAAGGGAAGAUGAUCUUGCCGGCCGUCCUGGGAGCAUUGUGCAGAAAUAUGCAGCACAGGGUGGGCCUGAGUUCUUCUUCAUUAUAAACAUUCAGGUUCCAGGUUCUACUACAUAUAGCCUUGCACUAUACUAUAUGAUGAAUACCCCUGUGGAAGAUGCUCCCUUGCUAGAGAGUUUUAUAAAGGGUGAUGAUGCCUUCAGAAAUUCGAGAUUUAAACUUAUACCAUAUAUAUCUAAGGGGAAGAAGGCAUGCCUAGUUGGUCAAGCAUUGGAAAUCCACUAUUUUCAGGGGAAGAACUAUUUGGAGCUUGGGAUUGAUAUUGGAUCAUCAACUGUCGCAAGAGGUGUGGUGAGUCUUGUCCUUGGGUACCUCAGUCAUCUGGUUAUUGAGAUGGCCUUUUUAGUACAGGGAAAUACUCGGGAAGAGCUCCCUGAAUUUCUUCUUGGUACCGUCCGGCUUAACCAUCUGGAUGCUUCAAAAUCAGUUCCACUGAAACCAUGAUUUCCGAUGAGACUCGUACAUUGUGGAGGAGGAAACUUCCAAGUUGCAAAUGUAGAUAAUUGAAAUUCUAGAUUCUUUGCCUCCAUAAAUUUACUUCAACAAGUCAUUAUUUUUUAUUCAAUCAAUUUAAUUCUCUGAACCAGUUCUGGAACUGUGAGCAUUGUUAGGAGGAGGAUGAAUAUGUAGUAGGAUUAAUCUUUUUGAAAUAAUAAAGUAGCAUUGGUUCGGUAGAAAUGAAUGUACAUGUAAAAUUUAAAAUAAGUCAUUAUUCUA